AUGGGAUCCUCAGGGGGAGAAGUUGUGGUUGGGGGUCCGUCUGCCCUCCUAUUUGGCCUGGUUAGGUUGUGGUUGGGGGUCCGUCUGCCCUCCUAUUUGGCCUGGUUGGUUGUGGCUGGGGGUCCGUCUGCCCUCCUAUUGGGCCUGGUUAGGUUGUGGUUGGGGGUCCGUCUGCCCUCCUAUUGGGCCUGGUUAGGUUGUGGUUGGGGGUCCGUUGUGGUUGGGGGUCCGUCUGCCCUCCUAUUUGGCCUGGUUAGGUUGUGGCUGAGGGUCCGUCUGCCCCUCCUAUUGGGCCUGGUUAGGUUGUGGCUGGGGGUCCGUCUGCCCUCCUAUUGGGCCUGGUUAGGUUGUGGUUGGGGGUCCGUCUGCCCUCCUAUUGGGCCUGGUUAG